CGCGUCCCAUACACUAGCUAGUAGCUUCGCGUCCAGACAGACGUGUCAGUUAAAGCAGCCGCGGAAGUAUCGGCUUUCAGUUCAACAUGGUUUCAAGUGUGACGAGCUGAGGAAAACCAGGGCUAUUAUCUGUCUCACCACUCCCAAGCCGUCAAACCAGGAAAAAGACUUGGGAAAUAUAUUCAAGAGCUGCUUUUAUUCAAGUCAUGGUGAGAAGACAUUGACCGGAUCACUCAGGUUUACACAGUGUGGGCUUCUGCUGUCUUGUACAAGACUGCGGUCUGAUGCCAUCGCUCUCCAUUCCGCCUGCCAUGGACGGGCACAGCUUUUCGCAUUCAGACGGACAUCAGCUGGAUGCCGGGGGGUUUAUCCUGGCACCCCCUAUGAGCCACGUGUUUGCCAACAACCCUUGGAGCUUCCCCCAUCAAACCUACAGCUUGCCCUGUACCGUGCAAUCUGAAAACCAGCACCAGCUUAUCAACGGCCCAUUGGACAUGCCCACGGAUUUGUUUCCCAACGGUCUCAGCGACUUUGACUUCCCUGGUCUGAAUCUCCCUCGGAAUGACGACCUCCCUUCGGACCUCUCUGGUCUGGAUGAUCUGUCGAUCUUCUCCCCUCCAACUGACUCUUUAUCCGAAUACACCGUUAACAGCUUGAUCAACACUGACAUGCCUCCCAAUGUGCCCACGAUAUGGGACAUCAAAACAUCACCAGCAUCAGUCCAAGAGCUGAAUUCUAACAGGUUUCAAGGUUUAAACUCGUUGGAUGACAUCACUGCUAUCAUUAAUACACCACCCAUUGGAGGUUAUCAGAGACCCCAAACACAGCCAGUAGAGGAAGAGGAAGUUGAAGUGGAGGAGGCAGAAGAGUUGGGUCAUGUUGACACCUAUGCAGACUACAGGCCCUCUAAAUCCAAGAUAGGAAUAUCCCACCCAGACCGAGUGGUGGAGACCAACACUUUAUCCAGCGUACCUCCUCCAGAUAUCACCUACACCCUGUCCAUCCCAGAGACCACCAUAAACAGAGGCCUGCUGUCUGCCUUGCAACUGGAGGCCAUUAUUUACGCCUGCCAGCAACAUGAAGUGAUUCUGCAGAACAACCAGCGGGCCGGCUUCCUCAUAGGGGAUGGCGCUGGAGUUGGCAAAGGCCGCACAGUGGCUGGCAUCAUUCUAGAAAACAACUUAAAGGGAAGGAAGAAAGCACUAUGGUUCAGCGUCUCCAAUGACCUAAAAUAUGACGCAGAGAGAGAUCUCCAAGACAUCCAUGCACAAAAUAUACAAGUGCAUGCCUUGAAUAAGAUAAAGUACGGAGACACAGCUACCUCAGAAGGAGUCCUGUUUGCCACCUACUCAGCACUAAUCGGGGAGAGUCAGGCAGGCGGCCAACACCGAACGCGUCUGAAGCAGAUCCUAGACUGGUGUGAGCCGGGUUUUGAUGGAGUUAUCAUAUUUGACGAAUGCCACAAAGCCAAAAAUGCAACGUCUACAAAGAUGGGCAAGGCCGUGCUGGAUCUGCAGAACAAGUUGCCAUUGGCCAGAGUGGUGUACGCCAGUGCCACAGGUGCCUCGGAGCCAAAGAACAUGAUCUAUAUGAGCCGUCUGGGGAUCUGGGGAGAGGGAACCCCCUUCAGAACCUUUGACGACUUCCUCCACACCAUUGAGAAGAGGGGCGUGGGAGCCAUGGAGAUUGUCGCAAUGGACAUGAAGGUCAGCGGGAUGUACAUUGCACGCCAACUCAGCUUCUCAGGAGUCUCAUUCCGCAUAGAAGAAAUCAGCUUGGAUGAUGAUUUCAAACUUGUGUACAACAAAGCUGCUAAACUUUGGGCGGAAGCUUUAGUCGUGUUCAUGCAGGCUGCUGACGAGCUCUGCAUGAGCUCCAGGAAAUCCCUGUGGGGUCAGUUUUGGUCAUCCCACCAGCGUUUCUUUAAAUACCUCUGUAUCGCUGCCAAGGUACGCUGCCUGGUGGAACUGGCCAAAAAAGAGUUGGAAGCAGGGAAGUGUGUCGUGAUAGGGCUACAGUCAACAGGUGAGGCUCGAACCAGAGAAGUCCUUGACGAAAACGACGGACACUUGGACAGAUUUGUGUCUGCUGCCGAGGGUGUAUUUCACUCUCUGGUCCUCAAACACUUUCCGUCAGAGAAGCAGAGAAGAGAGAAAGGAGCAGGGAACAAGAGGAAACGUAAGCCACGGGGACGACAACAGCCAAAGCAACCCCGACAGAGUACUGAUGUAACGGGAGUGAUCAACAUAAGCGAUGACAGCAGCACCGAGUCUGAUGCCAUGGACAGCGACUCCAACUCCUCGCCAGACUCAGUCCAAGACAACAAUGACGAUGUCAUCUUCGUCAAUCAAACCAGCUACCAAAUGGCAAGGUUAGAGGAGAUGAAACAAGGGCUACUUAACAAGAUCGCUGUGCUGGGAAAAGAACUACCUCUUAACACACUGGAUGAGCUCAUUGAUAAAUUUGGAGGUCCAGAACAAGUAUCAGAGAUGACGGGACGUAAAGGCCGAGUGGUGCGUCGGUCUGAUGGCAGCGUCCAAUAUGAGUCUCGCGCUGAGCAGGGGCACACUAUCGACCAAAUCAACAUCAAAGAGAAAGAUCGCUUCAUGAAUGGAGAGAAGUUGGUAGCCAUCAUAUCAGAAGCGGCCAGUUCUGGGAUCUCACUUCAGGCUGACAGAAGGGUGAAGAAUCAGCGUCGGAGGGUUCACAUUACCCUGGAGCUGCCUUGGAGUGCGGACAGGGCUAUCCAGCAGUUUGGUCGUACUCAUCGUUCCAAUCAGGUCACGGCACCGGAGUACAUCUUCCUAAUCUCCGAACUGGCAGGCGAGCGACGAUUUGCAUCCAUCGUGGCAAAGAGGCUGGAGAGUCUGGGAGCUCUGACUCAUGGUGACAGAAGGGCCACAGAGUCUAGAGACCUGAGCAAAUACAACUUUGAAAAUAAAUAUGGGACCAAAGCUCUAGAUAAGAUUACCAAAGCCAUCCUUGGUCAGAUUGAAAGCAAGGUACCCCCUCCAAAUGACUAUCCGGGUGGUGACGCCAUGUUCUUCACAGACAUGAAGCACGGUAUGGUGGACGUAGGCAUGCUAUGCAGUCAGUCACGCUUGGGCAUCAACAUUGAAAAAGACUGCAAUAUCACCAAGUUCCUCAACCGGAUACUGGGCCUGGAGGUGCACAAACAGAACUCCCUCUUCCAGUAUUUUACGGACAAUUUCGACUACUUGAUCGAAAAGGACAAGAAAGAGGGCAAAUAUGAUAUGGGGAUACUGGAUCUGGCGCCAGGCAAUGACCAGAUUUAUGAGGAAACACAGGAGAAGUUUCUGACUGCUGGAAACCCUCAAGAUGGUCAAGUUAUCCUAUAUAAGAUAAGUGUAGAUAGAGGUAUGACAUGGUUGGAGGCUCUCCAGAAGGCCCAAACUCUCAGCAACCCGGAUGAAGGCUUCUAUUUAUCCCAUAAAUUGAGAGGUAACUACCCAUGCGUGCUGCUAGCCGUGCAGGGCCAGGAGCGCAACAUGAUCAUCUACAAACCAAACAUCGGCAAGCAGGCCCAAACGGAAAGCCUUGAUAACCUCCAACAAAAAUACCACAAGGUCACUCCGGAGGAGGCACAAGAUAGCUGGGAAAACCAGUUCACUUUCUCCUUCAGGAAAUGUAGCCAUGCUAACUGGAAUGGGAGGUGUAAGAGGGUAGAGGAGGGUCAGGAGUGCUUAAUGGGUACUCGAUUGCGUCAGUAUCACAUGUUGUGUGGCGCUCUGCUCCGUGUUUGGAAGCGCGUGUCUGAUGUGGUCGCUGACAUCACCAAUUCCAGCAUUCUCCAAAUUGUCCGCCUCAAAACCAAAGACAGCAGCAAACAAGUUGGUAUUAAAAUCCCAGAGAACUGCGUGCCAAAGGUGCGUCAGGAGUUGGUGAGGAUGGAUGCAGAGGUGAAGCAGCGACAUCGAGAGAAGGAGCAGCAAGCUCAGGAGCAGCGUCAGGCUGAGGAGCAACAGAGGCUGAUGGCACAGCGUCAGCAGCAAGAGUUUUUCUCCCAAAAUUUGUUCACCUCAUCUUUGCCAAAUCCCAGCCUGGCCAGCUUACCCACUCCAUACAUCCCCUUCUCCUCGUUCCCUUCCAUAAAAUACUCUUUGGAAGACAUCCUGGACUUGACGGUUCAAAGAUCCUCACCCUCCUCCCAAGUUAGCACUCAAGCUGACCUGGGUGUAGACAGCCUCUCCAGGCAACCCGAACCUAUGGUGGACGACUUUAACCUUGAAGUGUUUAUUCAAGAGCAGCAGCAGCAACAACCACAGCAGGAGAGCCAGGCCACACAGGAAAGCAGUUCAGCACGGGACACAGAACUGUUAGACAUGAUACUGUCUUUGAACUCAUUUAUAACACCCCCUAGUCAGACUGUCCCUGCCUCUUCCUCCUCAGAUGCACCUUUGUCGGUACCCAUGGUCUUGGCAAAUUCCUUCUCUUCUAACUUGUCCAACUUCACUCAAUCACUCACACCACCUUCAUCAUCUUCCUCGUUGUCGCGCAUCUCUCUCUCCCCUACGGACCAGCAGAUGCUCCCAGUACCCAACAGCCACUGCAGCUCUGAAGCCAUUAUAGACGUACGAGAGGUGUUGAACAGCAUGCUGCAAGGUGGAACAGAAUCACGGCAGUCCGUCAUUAAGUACCCACAACCUGAGUGAGAUCCUUCCAGUACACGUGCGCACUCAGGGCUGUAGUCUGACCACUGCCGGCGUCCUGCUCCACCACUGGCCUCGGUUCCACAAGCAUGAGAUUCUGCUUCGUAAGAUGGGAGGAAGUCUGGUGUUCGCUCGAGUAUGAUACCUAAACACUUUGUCUCCAUACUAUGGAUAGUUACCAAGGAUGUCAUUCCAGUUUAAACAUCCUGAGGCUUUAAAGAGUAUUGAUUUACAAAGAGUGAAAAUUAUUUAAGGUCUGUUUAGAUUUUGCUCAAGAUGGAACAUGCAGGAAUGAAAAGACUAUUGAGGUACCAUUUUGGUUCCUCAUUGGAGGAACCCUCUGGGGAAGCACCAGCCACCUUUAAAGGUGCCUCAAAUGUCCUUUUGAGUCUUGAGUGAUCUUCAGUAUAUAUUUUAAAUGCCCCUAAAGGCUUUCUUUUAUAAAGGGGUCACUGGAGAAACUUUCUUUAGAAUUACUAAAGGAACUGGCUGUAAGUUCCUUUUCGAACAUUACGGACUCUCCAUUUUGAAAGUGUGCCUAGAGGUUCUCCAAAGGGUUCUACCAAUGUGCCGACCAAAAGGAACCCCAAAUGGUACCUCAAGUAUCUUCCAUUGACCACAGAUUCCAUGUGGGUCUAGUUGAAGUUGUACAAACCUCACAUAUGCAACACAUACCGCAAAGUUCACUUCGGCAAGGAGCUUAAGCUUUGUUUUGCAUCGGAUAAUCAUCAGCUUUACAUUUCCAUGGUGAACUUCUGUUAGACAAAACACUUUUCCCGAGGAGCAAGAGAACAGGCUACUGUCGAAAUGUGCCUUUGGAACAGACAGUGGAAUGUAGACGUUAACACAUACUCCUGUACUGUUCACGUGCAGAUGUUUGUAACGUAUUUAUUGCCUUUAUUUAUCAGGCCUUAAAACAGUGUGCUAGUAGGAGAGCGUAACUACCUACAAAUCACUUAUCUGCGCAGCUGUCUCUCUGUUGUUCUAAAAUAGAACAGUCUGUCCUGCUGUCCCCUGUCUCGCAAUGUAAUAAGACAGAACGGUAACAAUCUAUUAGCUGAUUGAUUUAUUUAUCCCAAAAGGAAUUUAGUAGCACUUCGUCCCUUUGUUAGUACAGUAUUUUCAUUGUGACCUAGAAACUAAAAAGUCCUUCCUUCCUUACAGUCCAGUGUGGAUAGAAAGAAACAAAAGAAAAAGAUCAGAUUUCAUAAUUUGAUGCAAUCCAUGGUACAGUCAAACUUUUAUCUUUAAAGCCCUUUAUUUAAUAGUUCAUUGUCAAUUGUUGAAAAUAUUUGCAAGGUGUAUAACAAUUUCUUGAUUAUUCUUAUUUAAUUUUAAAGGGACAUGUUUUAGAUUACUGUUUAUAUUUUGUUUUAUUGAUACUAUGAUAUUUGUAAUUGUGCAGACAGCAAACAAUACGACAAACAAUUGACAUUGCUCUGCUGCACUGGGUGGUUGAAUAUUUUGUUCCUUUUUUCUGUUUAUCUUAUGCAGUUGAUACAUUUUAAAUAUUUUCAACGCAAUAGAGAGAUAUUAAUAUCGAACUGAAACCCAAAUAUUCACUUCAAAAGUUCAUGGAUCUGUGGUGUUAAAACCACUCCCUAUCUCAGGAUGAAAUUUAUGUUCAAUUAGUUAGAAUUUUAUUUAAAUCAGAUAAAAUAUUUCCAAAUGUUUAAUGUCUGUGUAAAGAUAUGGUUCGUCUUGUAUGUAAAAUCCUGUCAUUGACACAUAUUAAAGAUUAUUUAUUUAGCCAUUAUUGCAUAUUCACUGCACAGUUUUUUAAUUUCAUCAAGGGAGAUUCUUUCAGCCAUAUUUGCACUUGAAAAUUUUUAUGUGAAAUUACAUGUAGUUUCUUUCUCCUGCAAAUUGUGUUACAUACUCAUUUAAGAAUUUGAAUUGUUCCUUAAUAUUUUAGUGCAUCACAUAGUUUUUACUUUACAAGUGAUUCACAAUGUGUCCAUUUAGUUUUCUCAGUGCCUUCCUAAAAAUAGCCAGGAAGAUGAACAUGUGACUUAAGUUUCGGUUAUGCAUUCUAAUAAAGCAUCUUAUACAAUGAAAGCACUAUACGAUGAGGCCAUGAAACUGGGACAAAGUCAAAUUAAUCUCUGUUACUAAAUAGAAAUCCAUUUGACUUGCUCUGUGUAUGAUUUGCACUAAAACAGCAUAAAUGAGUUCUGUCUGGUUUGUGAUCCAGUGCUGCCCUGUUUGUUUUCUCAUAGCCCUUCAUGGGAAUGUUCAAUACUGUAAACAUCUCGAUUCAUUGGCUUUGCUUUUAUAUCAAUAUGGCAUUUACGUAAUUUAUUGCUAUGAAAGAAAAACAUGCUACUGACUAUAUGUAUCUUGAACCAUUUUAUUCCUGUGUUCUUAUGCUUUUGUCAUUUUCUAUAAGCCUAUUUAUAAUCUAGAUCCAUUUGUAUAUAUUGUAAAAAAGAAAAAAAAAGAAACAAAAAAAAAAUUGUGCCUUUCGACUGUUUCUUAAAGAAAUUGUUUUUCUACUUGUAUCUAAAGAAUGGAACAUAUUACAAACUUUGUUAUUAACAAAGCGAAAAAAUAAAAUGUUCAGAUUACGGA